AUGUUCGUACCGGCGCAUGCUCUCGGAGAGUCUGGCUUUAAGGUCACACCUGGAGCGAUGGCCCUGACCUGGGCGCCUGAUAUCGCACCGGUUGCUCAGCCCUUCAACGCCUUCAAUGCCACUCUCGAAGGCAGCUACAAAUUGAUGACCAAUGUCGGAACUUUCUACACGGCAGAUUCUAUUCACAACCUUGCCCUCCCCAAGUGUUACCUCGAAAAGGUAUCACAUGGAAACAUCGAGCUAGUUGUCCUUUCCCUCAAAGGAGGGUUCGAGCUCUUCAAGAACCUCAGCAGUCUCGACUCUUCAGUCGAGAAUCUGCGCGAGGAGCUCCAAGCAGCAGAGGCGACCUUCGAGGCGCUGGCCGAGGAGGUCCCCUCCAACCACACCGGUCUGCUCGAAGUGAACGCGAAGACCAUCCGCGAAAUCCACGCCGUCGUGCAUGUCGCGGUAGUCCAGGUGGAGUACAACCAGCUCAGCUUGGAGAUCGAAUGGAACGGCGUCAUGGCCACAUGCAAGGAGCGGCGAAAUGUGCUCGUGCGGCCAGCUACAGCUAGGCGACUUACGCUUGCACAUGCUUACGAGCGGCUCAUCGUCAUCUCCAGCUCGACGAAGGCAGCGACCGUGAAGAGCAAUGGGGAAGCGGCGAAGGUCCAUCCGGAUCAGCAGACGUUCGACAAGCUCCGCACUUUGGUCGACGAGGUGGAGAAAUUGUCCGGGACACGCUACCCCGCCGCGGCCAUGGGCUGA